AUGGACAACAAUGAAGAGGUACCGUCCUCCCUCAAAUCAAGCUCGGUGCAGAUUCCAAAUUCGAUCCCCCGUUCCUUUCGUUCCUCUUCUCCCAGAGCAGAACCAGCUAGUCGAGAAACGUCGAUAGCCAGAUUGGCUUCGCCGCUCCCAGCAAACUCAUUUACUGGAACGCCUUCGUCUGUAAGAUCGGGAAAGAGAAUAGCCACCCCGGUCGCACAAAAUGAGAGUCUUGCGACAAUAAAUAACAAAGCUUCACUCCCGGGCCCUGGGCCAUCAGCUCUAGCUUUUGCUCUUCAGGGCUCGGCUGGCACACUUUCUGCUGCUGGGCCAGCUGGCACACCUCCGAGACAAUCACCGCUGCGAGACCUACGAGAAUACCCGUCUUCAGAAAGGCUUGUGCGCUCAAACUAUGGGUCAUUCGAUCCCAAAUCGACCGAAUCUGUCGCCGAGAGCGUGCGCGGGGCUGAAGAUCCCGAAGUUGUAAAGAGACAUUUGGUACUUCCUCCAGAUCUUGAUCAUGCUCGAACUUCGCAGUCGUCGAGUGAUGCGGCGGGCGCUCACGAUGAUGACGAAUUUUCAAGCUUGCAAUUACAAGGUGGUGAUGUGACUAGACAGGUAUAUCGCUGGACCGAAGACGCUGAAGCUCAAGCUUCUGGCUUGAGGCGGCCGACGAGAAGCCGCAGUUUUACGGUCCAAAGACCCGAACCAGAGAGUGAGACUAUGAAUAUAAACUCGAUUCUAGUUCCAGGUGGUUUUCGAAGAGACUAUAUACGGAGAACCUUGGGUAGCCCUGGUCCUCGUGGAUCAGAAGAUGGCUUACAUCCAGUGUCGAACCAGCCGCGGUUCUUAACAAGCAACUUUCUCGAAUUUUUGACCUUGUAUGGCCAUUUUGCUGGUGAAGAACUUGAGGAAGACGAUGAAGUUUUAGGUCCCGGUGAAUAUUUUUCAUCUGAUGUAUGGGAGGAGGGUGAUGAAGUACAUCCCGGAGAAGACACCUCAUUGCUACGCCCUGAUACUCCUGUGAUGAGAAGGCGCAAACACAAGGAGCGUGCUCCUAAAGGGACCAACACGUCCAUGGGCGCUGCACUACUUCUUCUCAAAUCUUUCGUCGGUACUGGUGUCCUCUUCCUACCUCGUGCUUUCCUUAACGGAGGAAUGCUAUUCAGUUCCAUCGUUCUUUUGGUUGUCUCCCUAGUCAGCUACUACUGUUUCAUACUAUUGGUCAACUCACGACUCAAGAUUGAGGGAUCCUUCGGUGACAUUGGCGGUGUCUUGUACGGAAAAUGGAUGCGACGAAUCAUCCUUGGCUCUAUCGUCCUUAGCCAGUUGGGCUUCGUUGCUGCAUACAUCGUCUUUACGUCUCAGAAUCUGCAAGCCUUCAUUCUUGCUGUCAGCAAAUGCUUGACGUACAUUGAUAUCAAGUACAUGGUGCUCAUGCAAUUGAUUGUUUUCCUUCCGCUAUCGUUGAUCCGUGAUAUCAGCAAGCUAGGAUUUACUGCCCUUAUUGCUGAUGUAUUCAUUAUGCUCGGAUUGAUCUACCUCUAUUAUUAUGAUUUCUCUACCAUAAUUGACCAGAAGGGGGUCUCCGAUAUUGUCGCGUUCAACCCCAACUCAUGGACUCUGUUCAUCGGUACGGCUAUUUUUACCUACGAAGGUGUUGGUCUCAUUAUUCCCAUCCAAGAAUCGAUGAAGCAGCCGAAGAAGUUUCCAGGAGUUUUGGCUACAGUCAUGAUUCUCAUUACCGUCGUUUUCUUAUCUGCGGGAGCAGUCAGCUAUGCUGCGUAUGGAUCCGCUACGAAGACAGUUGUGCUUCUCAACUUGCCACAAGACGAUAAAUUUGUGAAUGCAGUACAAUUUUUGUACUCCUUGGCUAUUCUGCUAAGUACACCACUGCAACUCUUCCCCGCAAUUCGUAUCUGCGAGAACGAGCUGUUUACUCGCAGCGGCAAGUACAACCCUGGCAUCAAGUGGAAGAAGAACUUCUUCCGCUUCAUGCUCGUCAUGUUUUGCGCAUUCGUGGCUUGGGGUGGUGCCGGUGACCUUGAUAAGUUUGUCUCACUUGUCGGCAGUUUUGCCUGCGUGCCCCUUGUCUAUGUUUACCCACCUUUGCUCCAUCUUAAAGCCUGCGCAACAACCAGAUUCCAGCGCUCUGCUGAUAUCGGCUUGGCCGUAGUCGGCGUGAUAUGCUGUAUCUACACUACAACCCUGACCAUCUAUAACUGGGUUGGUGUUCCACAACCUCCAGAAGCUCCCGGAUACUGCGAUGUAUGA